AUGGAUUCUCUUCAAACUCGUAACAAUGCCCUUAAGGUCAACCCGCCAGGUGGCCAAUCCCACCUUUCUGUAGAUGGCUCCAACUGGCUCUUUGCUGUGAUGGCUUGCUUCACAGUGUCUUUUCUUGCAUACUAUGGGCUUAGCUUCAAGCCGCGCAACGGGGAAAAGGUGUUCCACUACCUCUUCACCAUCGCCCUGCUUGUUGGCUCCAUCUCCUAUUUCGCCAUGGCCUCGGGGCUUGCGUACUCGGUCAUCCCAACAGAACGUUACAUUCUAGAUGCUGCGACUUACCAGAUAUUCUUCGCCAAAUAUAUCCUAUGGGUCGUCGCUUUCCCAGCAAUCAUUAUCGCCCUCGGGCUUGUCAGCGGCGUAAGCUGGGCGACCAUCUUCUUCAACGUCUGUGUGUCUUGGGCCUGGUGCGUCAAAACUAAGAGUGAUAUCCCGUGUCAAAUCUUUACUGACUGCGUUGAUAGGAUCAUCGCAUAUCUCUGCUCUGCCUACACUGCCACCCGCUACAAAUGGGGAUUUUAUGGCUUCGGAACCGCUGCCUAUGUUAUUCUCGCUAUCCAAACCUUGUGGGCAAGCCGCUCCUCGGCCAAUCGCCUCGGCAUGGGCCGCGAUCACACCAUGAUAGCUGGAUACGUCAACCUCUUUUGGUUUCUAUAUCCCAUCGCCUUCGCCGUCUCAGACGGAGGCAACGUCAUAGGCGUGACCCAGAGCUUCAUCUUCUUCGGUAUCAUCGAUCUCCUCCUCGUGUGUGGUACGGCAUUCAUCUUUCUCUUUCUCGCACGGAAAUGGGACUACGGACGUAUGAAUCUACAUUUUACCCAGUACGGUCGUGUCAACCGCACGUACCCUGAGAAGCAUGCUGGGCCCGUCGCCGCUACAGCUACUCCUGCUACCCGUGGUUAG